AAACCAAAUUUAGCAUCUAGUCCUUGGUUGAUUACCAAUUAGCAUAUAAUACUUAUCGACAUACGUAUAUACGAAUACUCUCUUCUCUCUAUCACUCUGUCUCUAUUUGACUUUAAGACCCCGGCCGUGGCCAAGUGGACCCCCUCCGGAUUCCUACCCGAACCUAAAUCGGAUUCAGAUUUCGAUCAGGAUUCGCAUGCGGAUUCGAAGGAUCCUGUGGACCGACGGCCGGCAGCGCAUAAUCACCGCAUGUGUCUCACUCGUCUCGUCGCAAGUCCUUAAUAUAGCUUUUGAAAAGCUCGCCUCUAAACAGUGCCACCAACGAAUGGAAAACAAAAUCAACCGUUAUUACUUACGAAAACGAUUAAGAAACACCUUAAAAUCAGUAAUCAGUAAUCAGUAACCAGUAAUUCAGGCGCCGCGCGCGAGCCCGCGACUUCCGCUCGAUUUUCGGGUGCGACUAAUUGGAAAACCGGAUUCGGGAUUCGAGAUUCAGAAUUUCAGAUUCCAGAUUUAAAAUUCCGAAUUCGCAUCGCACGCGUGCCGCGUCUCAAGAUAAAUGUUAUUUUUUUGAACGUGUAUUCAGUUAGGAUUUAUUUUUGGGCAAUUGUUUGUAAGCGUUUUUUACACCGUAUUUAACCAAUUGAAAAACAAAAAAAUUGAAGAUUACAAUCAAGCCAAAACCAGUUUAAAAUUCGUAAACUAAAUCAAAUUAAACGAUAAAGUAAUUUAGCUGCUGCCCCGAAAUUCUCAAAGAGUAGGGGCCAGCGGUCGAAUAACACACACAAACGAAAUGUAAGACACCUACAGAACACAUUCGUGCCUUUUUCAUUGCGAAAAACCGUCCCAACCAGAAAAGCUGAGCAGAGGACUCGAACCCAACCAUCCUUUAGGGCUCCCAGGAUCCUAGGAUCCCACCAACUUCCGAGGUCCUGGAGCCGCGGUCCUCUGUCACGAAUACGUUGAAACAUUUAAAGUCCCGCGAAUGCCUUAAUCGAGAAAUUAUAUUACCCAUUAGAUAUUCAGCAUUGUUCAGUUCGCUUGUAGGUUUUGAAGCAUUUUCGACAUAACCACUUGGUUCUCCGUUCGCAAGCAAAGUUGGCUGAGUUCUGUGGCCUCGAAAUAAAGGGGUGUGAGUCCAUCUGGGAGUUUCGAAAAACAAUAUAAUUUUUGAAGUAUUCAGAAAACUCUUGUUUUGAUUAGGUUUUUCCAGCUCACGUGAAUUUCAUUUGUUACUUUCAUUUGUUCUCCUUAUCAGUUAGUUUCCCUGCUUGUUUAUUUCAAACUCUGAUUUAUUUCAAACCAUGAUUUGUGUGCAUGGAUCGCGUUGCCGUUUAUUACCACUCUCCCAUAAAUGAAUCGGAAUUAGCUCACCCUUCCAUCAAAUUAAACCAAAUCGGAAUUGGCCGGCGCAAAAAGUAAUGUAAAAGUUCAUAGAAGAAACACUACACUUAGCAAUUAACGCGACUAGCCAAUUAAUAUUGAUGACUACACUGCAAUUAGCCGAGCAAGUAAAUUGAAAGUCAAAGCAAACCAAAUCUUACGAAUCAUGGAAAAUAAUACACCACGAAAGCAAAACAGUGCUAAUAAAUAUACUCCGAAAUAAACCUAAAUACGAGUUCGGAAUGCAUUUCUUGUUUACCCGCCUGGCGAUCUGUUAUCUGUAAUCCUGGAUGAAAAACAACCUCAUCGUAAUGGGUUUGUUGUACCGCACCAACUCGGAAAACUGUUGCAAAUCGGUCAUAGGAGUAGAGACUCUUCUCGGAAAAAGGCCACCUAGCCAACUAAAAUCCAACUCAGAUCUUCCACGGAAACGUGAGUGGAACAUUUUUCAGCACUCGUGGGGUUUUUCUUAUCGUCUGGGAAUUUUCCACUCGCCUCGGUGGCCUGCAUCUUGUACAGAGGUCAGUUUUAAUAGUCUUCCCAAACUAGAAUGGCCUCACGUUUUUAUUAGGGGUAUUCUUUCCUAUGUUACAAUAUAUGAAGAGUAUUUAAUGAUCGCCUUUAUUGCCAGGCAAUUUUAGUUCUCACACAAUCUUGUUUUGAUUAAAUUUCUGCUGACGUCGCUUAGUGAAAUUGAAAAAUACUUUUCAGAGCACAGACCUUAGCAACGAAAAUGAUUGUGUUUCGUAAAGGUUCAAGUCGAUUAGUUAGGCUAGUCUUGAUUACAAAACUGUUAUUGUAUCAUCUUGAUUUUCAAAGCACUGUCAUUUUUAAGAAAGUUGCUCUAUUCCUUAGAAUGCAAUGGCUUUGGUCCUGUAAUAUGUAAACAAUAUUUUGAUCAGAUACUGCACAUUUGCAUUUGCGUAAUGCCGUAAAGUUGUUUACCGAUUUCAGGCAUCAUUGUCACUGUGGCUUAGCGCAAUUAUGUGUGCCCCCCAUGGAGCGAUAAGGAGCCUUACAAAGAUGUUGCCCCCUAUCAGUGGUGAUGCUAUUUCCACGUAGUAUCUCAUUGUUUUCAGUAAGGAGCUCCUUAUUGGGUUAACUACUGUUUAUAUUUGCCAAUUCGUAUUCGUAUCAGCAGACGAAUGGGUUGCUGGGUGAUUCAAGAGCCAAUCCCCAUUACAACAGACUCGUGUUGACUCUAAGGUGUCUGGCUGGAAUCGCCUGACCUGGCGAAACUUUCCGACUAGCCGAGUGAUAAGCUCAGUGUCUCAGUGUCAGAGGUCAGCGAGCGAAUUAUAGAAAAUUCUCGGCAAGUGGCAUGUUUUGAAAGUAUUUAAAAAUAACUGUGCUGAUUAUUUUGUUUGGCAGUGAUUCCAAUAUUAUGAGAUAGGUUUUUCUUAGUUGAGAUGGUUUGAUUUAGCAGCAGAACUUGUCAUUCACCAGAAUUGAUUCCACGAAGUCAGGUGUUUCUCCAACAGCUAAGAAACCGAUAUCAAAAAGGUCCAUAAAAACUUAUCAGCUGAAAUUGCGGAAUCAUUUAUGGUUCCCGCUAACAUUCCUUAUCGAAUCUGUAACGAAGGGGUUGUUUUUCUUCUCGGCCACAAACACAAACAGUGUUUGAGAUAUUUAAACUCGCUCAAUUCAAUUAGCUAGGAGCAACGAUUCCGGCAGCACAAUAUACGGCAGCCAAACGCAGAAGCGCUAAACGAUUUUAAAUUGAAUGCUGAACAAUCAGCGCCGGCAGAGGAGCGGCAGAACGCCGAUCUGGAUCUGGAUCCCCGAGAUUCCGAAUCUUUUCCUGAAGCAGCGCCGUCGACUUCGGCGGGCCUCCAGUUUAUAAGCGCUCGUCGGCAGGUCGCCGCCGUUCACUCAGCAAUCGGCGCUCGAAGGAGAUACACCACCACACUCAGUGCAUAUAGUACCAUAUAGCAUAUAUCAUAUACCGUAUACCGUAUAUAGCAUACCGAUAUAGCAAACCAACGUUGGUGAAACGUAACGAGACUACAAAGGAGACUCCGGUUCCAGAUUUCUAAAUUAGUUUUGAUUCGCGAAAUAGAAAACGCCACCGCUGACUUUCGACGUAAAGCGAUUGAAGCGCGAAAGUUGGAUUUGCAUAACCAGAAGAAGCGCGUCUGGCGGUUAUAUAAUUGCAGUGUAUUUUGACUGGACAGGAAAUCCAUCCGCACGAUGACGGGAUACAAGGUGGCUAAUGGCAAUGGCACCACCAACGGGAGCUCCAAGGGAACCAAUGGCCACACCAAUGGCAACGGACACAAGACGGCGGACUACACGGCCCAGGAGAAUCCCACAAUGUGCUCCCGCGACUGCUGCUCUGGACCAGGUGGCUCCCACAAGGGCAACACCUGCACGGACAAGAAGGGCGCCCGAGCUGGAAGUCUGAACGGCGAGAAGAUUAUUCCCACUCCGCAGAGUCUGCUGGGAAAUGGAAAAAUCCAAUGCGAAGUUACGCCCGAAGAGUUAAGGGCCCUGCGGGUUCUCAACGAAGACACGUACCCCUAUGAGGUCAUCGAGGAGAUCGCCGAUUUCAUCACCAAGGGCUCCGGCAUGCGCCCUAAGAUCGGCAUCAUCUGCGGCUCCGGGCUCGGGUCGCUGGCCGACAUCAUCCAGGACCCGAAGAUCUUCGAGUACGAGAAGAUCCCCAACUUCCCGGUGUCGACGGUGGAGGGCCACGCCGGCAGACUGGUGGUCGGCACCCUCGAGGGCGCCACCGUGAUGGCGAUGCAGGGUCGGUUCCACUUCUACGAGGGCUACCCGCUUGCCAAGUGCUCGAUGCCGGUGCGCGUGAUGAAGCUCUGCGGGGUGGAGUACCUCUUCGCCACGAACGCGGCGGGCGGCAUCAACCCGCGGUACGCGGUGGGCGACAUCAUGCUGAUGCACGACCACGUCAACAUGCUCGGCUUCGCGGGCAACUCGCCGCUGCAGGGACCGAACGACCCGCGCUUCGGACCCCGCUUCCCCGCCCUCGUCAACUCCUACAACAAGGACCUUAUCAACAAGGCCAUCGAGAUCGGCAAGACCAUGGGCAUCGAGUCGAACAUCCACGUGGGCGUCUACUCCUGCCUCGGCGGCCCCAACUACGAGACCAUCGCCGAGCUGAAGGCCCUGCGCAUGAUGGGCGUGGACGCGGUGGGCAUGUCCACCGUCCACGAGGUCAUCACCGCCCGGCACUGCGACAUGAAGGUCUUCGCCUUCAGCCUCAUCACCAACAAGUGCGCCACCGAGUACAGCGACAAGAAGGACGAGGAGGCCACCCACGAGGAGGUCAUGGCUGUGGCGAAGAACAGACAGAAGGCCUGCUGCGAACUGGUCUCCCGACUCAUCCGGGAAAUCCACAUGGCAUCAGCCUAGGCAGCGAGCGGGAAACAGCGUUGGAUUCUAAAUUUAACAGUAGUUAAUUCACUAGACUCGCAUCUAAGACUCACAAGACAUGGAUUGUCCCAAAAUCUACAGUAUAAGGCUAGGGAAUAGUUAUUCUAAAUUAUGUAAAAUAAACUAGAAAUAUCGAAA